AUGGCGGGGGUGUUUGAGGUGGAGGUUGACGGAGUUGAACACGAUCACGGACACGGACAGCACGACGAAUCCCCUGAGAUUGACAUAUCUCAACUCUCACCAGAGGAAAGAUGGAGGCUGGAACAUGCAAGGAUGCAUGCCAGACACAAAGGGCACGAAGCCAUGCAUGCAGAGAUGGUGUUAAUUCUCAUUGUGACACUGGUCAUUGCACAGUUACUCCUCGUACAGUGGAAACAAAGGCACCCCAAGUCCUACAAUAUGGUCACCCUCUUCCAGAUGUGGGUAGUUCCUUUGUAUUUCACGACUAAACUUCACUGGUGGAGGUUCCUGGUCACAUGGUUCAUCUUUUCCGUGGUAACGGCCUUUGUCACAUUCCGGGCAACGCGCAAACCACUGGAGUGCACCACGCCGAGAUUGGUGUAUAAAUGGUUUCUCCUUUUGUAUAAGAUCAGCUACACCACGGGGAUUGUGGGAUACGCGGUGGUGAUGCUCACGCUCUUCGGCAUAAAUCUGAUAUUCAGGAUAAAGCCAGAAGAUGCCAUGGAUUUCGGCGUGUCUCUGCUGUUUUAUGGACUCUACUACGGGGUGCUGGGAAGAGACUUCGCUGAGAUGUGUGCAGAUUUCAUGGCCUCCACGAUAGGGUAUUACAGUGCGUCGGGGAUGCCCACGAAGCACCUGUCAGACAGUAUCUGUGCCGUGUGUGGGCAGCCUAUCCUGGUGGACGUCAGCGAAGAGGGAAUCAUCGAGAACACAUACAGACUGACCUGCAACCAUGUAUUCCACGAGUUUUGCAUACGGGGCUGGUGCAUUGUCGGCAAGAAGCAAACGUGCCCGUACUGUAAGGAGAAGGUGGACCUGAAAAGGAUGUUCAGUAACCCCUGGGAAAGACCACAUGUCAUGUACGGGCAGUUACUGGAUUGGUUACGCUACCUUGUUGCCUGGCAACCUGUCAUCAUCGGACUUGUCCAGGGCAUUAAUUACAUCCUUGGGUUGGAGUAACUACGUCCAUGUGGAGAGGCAUGGGCGUGCCACACACACACACAAAACUGUAAAAUCAAGGGCUACCUCCUUAGCCCAAAUGACUUGGACUCACUCAAGGACUCUGUGUGUGUGUGUGUGUGUGUGUGUGUGUGUGUAUGCGGGCGUGUGUGCGUGCGUAUGUUUGUGUUGAAAAAUUUGCGGAAUGUACAUAGCUUCCAGUAUUUAAAGUAAUCGCCGUUCUACUAGCAGUCUUGUGUUGGAUGUAUUCGGUUAAUUUUUUUUUUUUUCCUGUUUUCUCAGUUUUUGGACUUCUAACACUGUGAAGCCUCAGUCUGAAAUCAGUUGGUUGCGUCAAUUUUGAGGACUUCCAAAAAAAAACCCCAAACAAACAAACAAAAAAACCCCAAAAAAGAUAAAGUGGAAAGAAAUACAUCAUUAGUCUUAAUGUGUGUGUGUGUGUUUUUUGUUUUUUUUUUUUUUUUUU